AUGGGAGCAGGUUUCAAAAGCAUAGAUUGCGGAGCAAGCAAAGAUUAUUUGGAUGAAGUGACAUGGAUUUGGUACCGGACAGAUGAGGGCUUCAGUGAAAGCGGAACCAAUCACGGACUGGCCCCCAACAUUAGCUUCAACAAUUAUGCUCCAACCAUAAACCGGCACCUAAUGACCGUGAGAAGUUUUGUGGAGGGAGAAAGAAACUGUUACACUCCAGUGUUCGACCUUUACCUGGGGGUCAAUUGGACUACGGUUCGAACAUUCCUUAAUGGUCCCCAUCUCUUUCCAACUGAGAUAAUAAUGCAGCAUGAUGGCACUAGAGAGAUGGUUCAAGUGUGUUUGGUGAACACAGAACAAGGGACACCUUUCAUCAACGCUUUGCUAUUGGGGCCAUUGAACAGCUCUCCCUAUCCAGCUCCGCUUCUCCUUAUUAUGGAUUUCACUUUUCCUGUGAGAAUGGACUUGGGCUCUGGCCUCAUGCCCACUAAUACCAGCUAUGCUCUUCCGAACUUUGCCCUUACUUUCCCUUUCUCUUCCCGAUUUUUCGUCUUGAUUCUCAUGCUAAUAACUCAAGAUUUUGUAAUUAAUCUAUUGGCUAGAGCUGAGCCGCUAUUGAGCCUGGAGUCGGAAAAAAACCGAGAACAAGAGUACGAAGACGAUGUGUACGAUCGCCUAUGGUGGAACAAUGAUAAUACCGAUUGGGAUCUCUUAAAAACAAGAGAAGAAGCAAAGGUAGAGGAUUCCCUUUAUGAACUGCCGCGGGAAGUAUUGCGCACCGCAUCACAACCCCAGAAUCAUUCCACUCUCUUAACUGCAAAUUUCAGUUAUUGGAGAUAUGGUGAUGUAUCCGCCCAAUAUUAUAUGUUCCUUCGCUUUGCUGAAAUUGAAAAGCUUCCUGCUGGCCACAAGAGGAUCAUUAAUGUCACUUUUGAUGAUGAUGAAAACUCCCUCUCUCAUGAACUUACACUUCGAUACUUGAAGCCUAUUACCCUAAUUUCCAACAAGAUCACCAAAGGUCAUAUAAACUCCACUAUCAAAGCAGCAACUAAUUCAUAUGCUCCUCCUAUCCUAAAUGCUUUUGAAAUUUAUAAAGUGACUGAAGAACGAACUGUUAGUUAUUUUAGGGUCACUUUAAAAGUUAACUGA